UUGCCCAACAGGAAGUGGUCCAUUAGUCGUUAAAGAUUGUGGAUCAUGGGUACAGUUAGCUAGUGAGGCUAAACUUUAAUCGUUAAAUUCGCAUACACUCCGAAAUAACGGUUAACGUGUCGAGAUUUUCACGCAGUGACUGCACCACAAUGAUUGACGACUUCGAGAGUCAGGAGGUUCGGUCCAGCGGGGAGCUGUGGACCGAAAUCUGCUCCAGUCUGCCGGAGGUUCGACCUGAAGGAGCUCCAGAAAAUAACACGGAGUUCAAAGACUCUUUUCAUCCAGCAGCACAAGUCGGGGUGCAGGUUAAUGGACAAGCAAAUGGGACAGAUACUAGUUCCUCCAGUGCCAAAUGGGAACCCAUGGAGGACUCUGAGAUUUACAUAGCUACCCUAGAGAACCGUCUAAAGAAGAUAAAGGGCCAGUCCAGUGACGUGACCUCCAGGGAUAUGCUCCGCUCCUUGUCCCAGGCUAAGAAGGAAUGCUGGGACAGAUUCCUGCAUGAUGCACAGACCUCAGAGCUCUUCCAAGGUGGUGAAAUGGAUGAGAGUGCUCUCGAACACUUCAAGAGGUGGUUAAUACCUGAGAAGGUGGCCAUCAGUGCAGAGGAGCUGGAAUACCUCCUAAGGCCAUCUCAUACUAAGGAACCGGCAGAAUCAAACCAAACGCAGCACGGAGAGGACACCGAGGGAGAGAUGCAAAACCCAGAUGAAGAUCACACUUCCAGCCCAGAAAAAUAAAUGUCUUAAAAUAGCAAAAGCAGGAGUAAUUCACCGUGUACAAGGGAGACUUGUUAACCCACCACUCAUCUGGUUCCAUGUUCUGUUCUAGCAGUGUUUUGGCCAAAGCUUUUGUUAUCGGUCUCUCAUUAUCCUCUGUAUCCUAAGCAACUGAGUGUGAAGUACUUAUUCAGUCACAUGUAUUUUGUCCUGGCUUUUCAUCCCUUCAAGUACGUCACACCUUUAAAAUAUAUAAUGAUGAAGAACUUGAAAUUAUACUUGUCGUGUUGCAGCACAAUUAUCAUCUAGUCUGUGUGUCUCCUAUGUAUGCACGAAAUACUUUCUCCUUUUUAAAACAGGUGUUAUUGAAGGACCACGUGUCAUGACUUGUAAGCAGUGUGUUGUCUUGCAGAAAUUUUCUGUUUGUAAAAAUCGCAACAUCUAGAGUCGGAGUGAAUGUGACAUUUUCCAGAACAUAUUGUAACAUAUUGUAUGACAUUUUUAUUUUUGCCAUGUUAAUUUUACACAUAUAGUUUUACUCACCUUUCAAUAAAAAUGAAUAGAAUAGA